AUGGAUCCGAAUGUUAAACUUCUACUAGGACAGAGGGAGCCAUUGCCUGACCGAGAGAGGUAUAGGAGAUUAAUUGGGAAAUUGAAUUAUCUCACAAUAACUCGACCAGAUAUCUCCUUUGCAGUCAGUGUAUUAAGUCAGAUUCUUGAGAAUCCUUGUGAUACUCAUUGGGAUGCUGCUGUUCGAGUGCUAAGGUACAUCAAAAGAGCACCAGGGCAAGGUCUACUCUAUGAAGAUAGAGGACAUGCUCAAGUUGUUAGGUAUUCUGAUGCAGAUUGGGCUGGUUGUCCUUUUGACAAACGCUCUACUUCAGGUUAUUGUGUUCUCAUUGGUGGUAAUCUUAUAUCUUGGAAAAGUAAGAAGCAAGAUGUUGUUGCUAGAUCUAGUGCUGAAGCUGAAUACCGUGCCAUGGCUCUUGCCACGUGUGAGCUUAUGUGGCUGAAGCACUUACUUCAAGAGUUACAGUGUGGUUAG